CCAAGGCGGGGAGGCGAAGUGGCGCUCCCUCUCCCCCUCCUGCCCGGGGCCCGCGUGUCCCGCCCAGCGCUGGCUCGUGCGCCCCUCUCCCGCUCACCGGUUUCCCCGCCAACGCCCCAGCCUCGCCUUGCGCCUCUCCCCUGGGCUCCCUCGUCUCCCUAGGUUUUUCCCUCGCCCCUCGCCUUCUCCAUCCUUCCUCCUUAUCUUCCUUCGCCACAGCCUCUCCUGUUCCUUUUCUCACUCACUUCACUCGGUUAUCUCUCCGUCUCGGCCUUUCCCCCUCUGCUCUGUUUUCUCUUCCCUGACACCUCCGUUCCCCCUUCUUCCUGCGGGAGGCUCCUGGCUGCCCCACCCUCCUGGUCCAGGCGGGCACGUUCUUCACCCCUACGUCCUCACACUUUAUUGAGCUCCUGCUUGGUGCCGGGCACCGAGCUGCCUGCUGGGGAAUCAGAGAUUGAUAUGACCCAGGACCCACCAUCGGGACGUCUCAGCCUAGUGGGGGUGAAGAUAAUCGUACCUACAAUUGGCCCUGAGGGGACACUCAGAGUCCAGCUCCUGGUCCAUUGCCUCUUUCUCCUGGUAGAGAACUGGCCUGAAUUACCUUGUCUGUUGUGACCAGGAGUUUACAUGAAGAAUGAUUGACCAUGACCUUCCUACUUGAGAAACAGUGACCCUGGACUAUUCACCACAGGAGGCUUUGCUGCCUUCCUGGGCUUAUUUUCAUCACAAAGAGCCCCGUGUUGGCCGAGAACACAUCUGUCCUAGUCAUGGAGCAGCGGCAACCAGCGUUCGGGCCCUGAAGAGCCUCGGGCGCGGCCUCGCCUCUCCGGCCCGGAGCCGGUAUCAGCACCGCGGACAGCACAGCGACGGUCGCCGGCACCUAGGCGCCCUCUCGCCCACCAGUCCACGGGCGCCCCGGCCCGCGGCGUCCGCAUCAGCACCGCGGACAGCGCCCCGGGCGCCCGCUCGCCGCCGCCAGCCCACUUGCACCCCGAGUCAGUUCCGCGGACAUCCCGCCUCGACGGGCCCCGCAGCAGGCUCGGAGCGGUCAGCGCCCCCGGAACAUGGCCACCGAGGUCCACAAUCUGCAGGAGCUCCGGCGAAGUGCCUCGCUGGCCACUAAAGUCUUUAUCCAGAGAGACUACAGCGAUGGGACCAUCUGUCAGUUCCAGACCAAAUUCCCCCCAGAGCUGGACAGCCGGAUCGAGCGGCAGCUCUUUGAAGAGACUGUGAAGACGCUCAACAGCUUCUACGCAGAGGCCGAGAAGAUUGGGGGCAGCUCCUACCUCGAGGGCUGCCUGGCCUGCGCCACCGCCUACUUCAUCUUCCUCUGCAUGGAGACCCACUACGAGAAGGUUCUCAAGAAGAUCUCCCGCUACAUCCAGGAGCAGAAUGAGAAGAUCUUUGCCCCACGAGGCCUCCUGCUUACGGACCCCGUGGAGCGUGGAAUGAGGGUUAUCGAGAUCUCCAUCUAUGAGGACCGGUGCAGCAGCGGCAGCUCCAGCAGCGGCAGCAGCAGUGGCAGCGGCAGCAGCAGCGGCGGGGGCGGCGGGGCGGGGGGCCGGUGACUGGCCGAGAGUCCCUGCAGGGAGGUGUACGGCUGGACUGAGGGCCUUGCAGACCUGAGGCGGCUGCGCUACCAGAGCACCCGCUUCUGAGUCAUUCUCUGGGCCCACCCUGCUGCCCAGGGCGGGAGGGAAGGUGACCAGCCCAGUGUUGCCUGCCGGCCACCAAUCGGCUCCCCCUGCCCCUUGCCCGCUGGCAGGAUGGUCCACUUCCUGACCUGGCUCUUACCCAACGGGGCUAGUCUGGGUCACAUAGAGGCAGGUCUUCCCAGGGAGGCUGGGGUGGGCACAACACAAUUUGGACAGCCCCUUUCUUUCACAGGACCCCUCCCAACACCCCAGAAAAGGAUCCAGGUCUGUCACACAGAGAAUUCCCAUCCUGCAUGAUUACUCAUCCCAAAUCCCACGUCCACCAGGACUCUCUCCCUCGGGGCCCUGCUCCCCAUGGCUGGCUCCCAGUGUCCACUCUUUCUGAUGGCACCAAGGGGCCUCUGCCUGUCUGUGAUCCUGCCUCACCGAAUUCAAGGUCUGGGGAGACAGGAGUGGUCGGCCUCUGGGCACUGUGGUGGGGAGCUGUUCAGCCCCCUCCUGACCUCUUUUAGACACAUGGCAUCCCCGACCUUCACCCAGAGCCGGGAGGCCACCUUGGCCUUACCAGGAAGCAUCCAACUCCUGUGGCUUUGUAGGCCACCAGGUGCUAGGGGUCGGCAGACAGCCUGGGGCUCUGGGAGGUUAAAUGGGGGCCUGGAAAAAUGUUUCACGGCGUAAUGUAGCCUGGGGGGAUUAAAACCUCCAGAACCGAGGCCAACUUCCUGAGAUUAGAACCUGCGUGAAAGUGAGAAUGUGUGCACAGGCACGUGAGUGAGUGCGCUUUGUGCAUGAAUGCACGUGUGAGUGUAGGUAUGUGUGAGGACAGGUGUGUGCCUGAGUGCACUGGGAGUGCAUGUGUGUGCAUGUACACGUGUGAGUGCACGUGUAUGUGAGAGCAGGUGUGUGAAUGUGUGUACACACGUGUGCGUACCGUGUGUGAGUACGUGCUCUUAAGUUGCCCUUGGCUGCUGGACCAAAGACCGCCCCUUUCUGCCUCCCGUCUUAUCAUCGUACGCCAUGAUCUGGGGCUGCCUCCCUGUGUGGGUCCAGCCUGUCCCCCUGUAAAUAAAUGUCCUGACGUCUCUUGCCUCUUGCCUCAACUGCCAGGUUGGCUCUUCUUCCUGGCUUCUCUCCCACCUGCAAAGGUCUCCCCACCUUCUGAUUCUACUGUGUACAUUCUAGCAAGGAAGAAGUUGGGGUUCUAGGAGAGCAGAUCCAGUCUUCCAGGGCCUUCCGUGCCCCCCUCCCAGUCCCCCAUGACACGGCAACAGGGCCAUGGAUGCUGCAUCAUCAGCCUGCCUGGGGUCUAGGGCUCUCUAAGGCUGGGUAAGUGAGGCUUCCAUAGAAGGUCAAAGAAGCUGCCUACCUUCGGGGAAAAGGCAAAUUCCUUUCUUAAAAGGAAAGAGGGGUGUCCAGACUGUGAGGCCCUGGCUGCUGAGCCUGGGGGGCCAGUGGGAAGGAAGCAGCCUGACUCGCUGCCUGAAGAUGGACAGAAAGAGGUUGCCUACCUUAGCCAGCAGGAGGCGCCAGAGUGGAUAUGAGAGACCAGCCACGGCAGGCAGCUUCCAGGAACCCAAGAGGUCCUGAUUUUCUUUAGGAUAUAGGAACAGUGUGUAGGAAAUUUCCAGAGAGCUGGAGAGGGUGGCCCAGCCCCUGAGCCUAAGUGGGCCCUGGUCCAAGGAUCCCCCAGGUGAGCUGCAGCCCAGUGGGCUCCACCACAGGCCCCUGCCCCCUGGACCUGGCCUGUGCCCACCCUGGCCCACUGUGUGGUUGGGCCUGACCCGUGCACCUCCUGUGAGAUGGCUGGGCACAGGCGAUGUGGCUUUUUGUUUUAUGAUUUCUUUUUCCAAUAAAAGGACUUGCCCAGC